UCCCACAGUUGCUGCAAUUUGGCAAGGGGUGAAGUGAUCCCUGUGCAAGGUUUGUACAUCAGCUCAUAAAGCAUUUUGCAAUCCAUCACUAUAUAAAUAGGUCAUUAAAAAUAUAAAGAAUGGCAUGAACUCUGCUAACUCAAAAUAAAAAGUAGAUCACAUUUUGAGCGUACCAGACUUCAGAGUUUUCCUGUAAAUUUUUUGCAACAAUGGUGCAUGCCUCCAUACUGUCUUGUAAAUAUUAUUUCACAUAAACCUAAAGUUAUCCUCGGAUCAUGUUUUCAUGCUUUUCUGCACAACCCUGAGCCUAGAAACUUUUUUUAAAUGAAAGCUUAGAUUCUCAUAGUAUCCCAUGAGUCUGGCUACUGUGGCACUAAGUAUGUGUCUAUUGUGUCUUUGCCUUAAUCUGACCUGUGCAAGGAUGUAUCACUGUUGGGGAGCCGAGUUUGAGGAGUCUAGCUGAACCAUGUGAUCACAUUUUGAACAUCUACACAAUCUGCUGUGAGUCUAAUCUCAUUCUGGUAUCUUGAGUGGGCAGAGCUUGGUGUGGUCAGAACUUGAAGGGACCACCACUGUUCUCUGGUGAAGGUUGUGGAGUUACAUCAGGGUGGAACUGGGCCAGCGUUGCAAGGAUGUUUCUUUUUCAGAUAUGCAGUACUAUUAUUUUUACACAUGGUGGUGCUGCAACACAUUUUUUGUCCCAGGUUAAAAGUACUCUGGCAACCACAGCGACUGAUAGCCUAAAAGAAUUGAAUUUUUUGGUAACUGUAUGUCAGUUUUCAAUAGUGUCCUCUGACACACAGCCAUAUGCUUUCUUAUACCUUCCACGUACUUUUACAAGUAAGGUAAUUUUGUUCUUUGUGGGCUAUUAAGGAGCUUGUUCAUUACAAUGUAAAUCUGAAAUGGCACUCUGACUGAUAGAUUCUAGGACAGUCCAUUUUGUACAUUUGCAAUGGUAAGGUUAAAAAUUACAGAGCUCCAUGGGAAUUAUAUGGCUAAAAAAAUUUCAGGAGUUUCCAGAAAUGAAAUUCGCCAUGGCUUAGAUAAGACAAAAGGAGGAUAAAAAUGGGGCUUCAUUAGAUCCCUGUUUUAAACUGGUAACAGUACGAUCUGUGGAUGAAUGGAAAUUGCAUAGGUGCAUUACACAAGAAAACAGAGAGAUGUGUUGCUCAUUUGAUCAUUACUUCACCAAAACAGUACUGCCAACCUCAAGCAUUCAAAAAUCAUGAGUCAGGGCCCCCCAAAACCACAAGUGGCAAAAAUCUUGAGAUUUAAAAAAAAAAAUAGUACUGAGGUCCUUUUCAUUUACGUUUCCGUUUCUAAGCCUUGCUUCAUGUUUUCAAGCUUUCCUCUGCAACCAGGAGGACUAGACAUUUCCUUUUUUUUUUUUCAAUGAAAGCUGAGAGCCAAUUGAUGCCAGGAGCUGGGCACAUAUAUUGCGAGACUUGUGAUAAAGUCUUGAGAGUUGGCAACACUGCAUUGGAGCACAUCCUGGUUGAGAAGGUCAGGGGGAGGUCCACAUAGGUCAUGUUUAUAUGUAGUGUAACUCCAUGGAUUUCAGUGGCAUCACCGUCUUGUCACCCUGGCAACAUGGUGUCAGAGUAUUGCAUUGCAGUGCUGUAAUAUUGCUGUGGUGCGGCCGGGGCUUGUCAUUGCAGAUGUCCACGCAACGGUGGCCUCAUUGAGUGUGGCCACGGCGUGUUGCAACUGUGUGUCCACCAUGGCAUCACAGUGGCAUGUCACCAUAGUGGUGCUACUCUGUGUAGCAGCGCCUGUGUGUGGCUGCGUGUGUCAGCAUGCUGUGUCCUUGGCACUGUAACAUGACAGACAGCCUGCCUGGAAAGCUGCCUGAGCUCAGCACUCAGACACCCUUGGGUGCUAGGCGCUGAGGCUGCAGCAGGUCCAGGCCCACUACCAGAGCCAGCCUGCCUCGCCCCCACAGGCAGCAGGCCUUGUUUACCUCCCAGCCUGCCUCGCCCCGCCCACUCCCUCCCGGAGCCUCCAAUCACGUGAUCCUCAGCCGGCGCUUCUUGCGGCCCUCUCUAGAAUCACGAGACCGCUCUGGGGCCGCGUCGCUCCCUCUUGAGAUAACUCCGCGCCACUCCGGCGCGGGGCAUCCCAAGCCUGGAACGCGAACCGCCGAGGGACACAGGCCGCUCAGAGGAAACAGCGGGGGCGGGGCGUGGGCAGGCGGCGCCGUAUCGCGCAGACGGGGCUGGUCCCGCGCACUACUUUCUGCAGCGGAGGGAUUCGAGGAGUGACUGGCUAGGCUGGAGGGAGGGAGGGAGGCAGGGCCAAGAUGGCGGCGCCCUGUGGGCUAGAGGAGCCCCGAAUGGUAAACAGCUGAGUUGGAGAGAAGGAGGGAUAGUGGCCAUGGAAAUCAAGGAACAGACUGCUUGGUUGUAGACAGUGUUGCUUGCAGUGAUCAUGAAAGGUGCCAGAUUGACAGCACUGGAAACUGAAGUCCUACUUGUCCACAGAACAGUCUGGUAGGGGCACCAAUGAGGAACCUGAAGAAGUUUUAACUUGCACAUUCAUAUAACAUGUGCAUAAGCCUAUAGUGGUAAACAGAAUGGCCCAGCAAGCAAAUAUUGGUGAGCUCCUCUCUAUGCUGGAUUCUUCAGUUCUGCUUGUCCAGGAAGAUAUAACAGCUGUCCUCAAAGAUAACCUCAACUCUGACCGUGGACCGAUGCUUGUGAAUAUGCUAGUAGAUUACUACUUGGAAAACAAUUCUCAACAGGCAUUGCAGAUCCUGUCCACAUUGCAAGAGCCUCAUGACAAGCACCUACUGGACAAAAUUAAUGAAUAUAUGGGCAAAGCUGCUACCCGUUUACAUACUCUCUCACUGCUGGGUCAUGUGAUAAGACGACAGCCAUCUUGGAAACAUAAACUUUCUCAAGCACCUCUCCUGCUUUCUUUACUUAAGUGUCUUAAGACUGACACAGAUGUAAUAGUACUCACCACUGGUGUCCUAGUGUUAAUAACCAUGCUGCCAAUGAUUCCACAGUCUGGCAAAAUGUACCUUCAUGAUUUCUUUGGUAUAUUUGGCCGUCUCUCAUCCUGGUGCUUGAAGAAUCCAGGUCAUGUGGCAGAGAUCUAUCUCGUCCAUCUCCAUGCCAGUGUUUAUGCACUCUUUCACCGCCUUUAUGGAAUGUAUCCUUGCAACUUUGUCUCCUUUCUGCGCUCUCACUACAGUAUGAAGGAAAACUUGGAGACUUUUGAAGAGGUGGUCAAGCCAAUGAUGGAACAUGUACGAAUUCAUCCAGAAUUAGUGACUGGAUCCAAGGACCAUGAACUGGACCCACGAAGGUGGAAAAGACUAGAAACUCAUGAUGUUGUGAUAGAAUGUGCCAAAAUCUCCCUGGACCCAAAAGAAGCCUCAUAUGAAGACAGCUAUUAUUCUGUGUCACAGCCAGUCAGCAUAUGCUUGCAGCCUCGUCAAACUGACCCCAAUGCCAGUCCUUACAUUGACACACACAGCAGCUACGGGACUUCCACUUCUACCCCUUAUUCCACUCCUAGGCUAACCCUGUUACAAAUGCAAGGGCAGCUACCUCCGAUUCUGAGCCCACAGUCUUCGCGGCUGUCAACUGAGCCACAGCAGGUUACCAUCUGGAGCCCCUCUGCAGUUUGUGGUAUGACCACUCCACCAACCUCUCCAGGAAUUGUCUCGUCAGAGUCCUCACAAACUUCAUCACAGCCUUAUAGCAGAUAUUUUAGCACACCUGCAGGUGGAAAAGGAACCCCUCUAGGAACACCAGCCACCUCCCCUCCUCCACCCUGCAUUUCAGAUGACUUCGUGCAUGUUUCACUCCCUCCAGCUGCUGCCACACCUCUCAAGAAGGAGGACAAACCGGAUCCCGGGAGGCCUUCGCUGUCCCGUCAGCAAAAUGUCAUAAACAGCGAGAAAGCAUUGGAAGUGCCUGGCAGUAAAAGUUCUGUAAAUUUAAGUGAUCUUCCAGAAUUUUUAGGUUGCCUGGCCUCUGAUGAAGAUAGUGUUGAGAAGGACAGAGAAGAAGAUGCAAUAUCAAAAGAGAUCUCUGAGAUCACUACAGCAGAUGCUGAGCCCGUGGUGCCUAGGGGAGGAUUUGACUCUCCUUUUUACCGCACAAGUGAGAGUCUACCAGCCUCUCAAAGGAAGCCCCAUUCAGUAGCCUCCAGUGUUCAAGGACAUAGUCUGAACUCUGAACCGUUAGCCUCGUCUCAGGACAAAUCUGGGCUUGAGGGUGUGCAAGACACACCUAAACAAACAUUUACUCCCAUUGACAGACCCUGUGGAGCCUCUGAUGAAAGCCCUGCUGGUAACAGGGUAGGCCAAUCCUCUAUGGAGACCAGUAUCCUCACUCCCAGCCCUUGCAAAGUAUCAGCACAGAGAAGAAUGGGGUUUGGGAGCGGGCAGCGUCCCUCAUAUGAGCACCUUUUUGAGGUUGCAUUACCAAAGACUGCCUACCUCUUUGUUAGCAAGAAGACUGAGGAACUGCGAAAGAAAGUCAAGGGAAACCAGGAAGAAGACUGCACAUCCUCCACCUCUCCAAUGGAAGUACUGGAUAGACUGAUACAGCAAGGAGCAGAUGCACAUACCAAGGAGCUCAACAAAUUGCCUCUGCCAAGCAAAUCUGCUGACUGGACUCACUUUGGAGGUUCUCCCCCUUCAGAUGAGAUUCACACCCUGCGUAACCAGCUGCUUUUGCUACACAACCAGUUAUUGUAUGAGCGCUUCAAAAGGCAACAACAUGCCCUUCGGAACCGGCGACUCUUGCGGAAAGUGAUCAAAGCAACAGCGCUGGAGGAACAUAAUGCUGCCAUGAAAGAUCAGCUGAAACUACAGGAGAAAGAUAUCCAGUCCUUGAAGCUUAGUCUGCAGAAAGAGCACGCCAGGUACCACCAGUUUCAGGAAGAGCAUGAUAAUAUAGUGGCUCAGCUUCACACCCAGAUCCGACAGCUGCAACAUGACAGGGAAGAAUUCUACAACCAGAGCCAGGAAUUGCAGACCAAGCUGAAGGACUGUAGAAAUAUGAUUGCAGAUUUGAGGGUAGAAUUAAAGAAAGCCAACAAUAAGGUGUGUCACACAGAGUUGCUUCUCAGCCAAGUUUCUCAGAAGCUUUCCAACAGCGAGUCAGUCCAGCAACAGAUGGAGUUCUUGAAUAGGCAACUUCUGGUUCUUGGGGAGGUCAAUGAGCUGUACUUGGAACAGCUGCAGCACAAGCAUGCAGACACAACGAAGGAAGUGGAAAUGAUGCAGGCUGCUUUUCGGAAAGAACUGGAGAAAGCAAAAUUCUGUGUUCAACAGCAAAGCCAGAGGCUUGAUGCCUCCCAAAAGCGGAUAGUUGAACUGGAGUCUCAGCUUUCUAAGAAAGAUCACCUGUUACUGGAGCAAAAGAAAUAUCUGGAGGAUGUCAAAAUCCAAGCAAGAGGCCAGUUGCAAGCGGUAGAGAGCAGAUACAAAGCCCAGAAAAGAAUUACACAAGCAUUUGAGCUGGAGAUUUUAGAUCUGUAUGGCCGAUCGGAGAAGGAUAGCCUAUUGAAAAAACUUGAUGAUGAAAAAACAGAAGCAGCUGAAGCAGCAGAAGAAAGGUUGGAUUGUAGUAAUGAAGGAUUUGCAGACUCUGUGGCAGGAUACAGUGAAGAAGCAAUUGGUAGAAAUGGAGAGACCAAACCUCCGAGCACCCGGGGUAGUAGUAGCAGUAAAGGCGGUAGCAGCAGUAGUGAGCUGUCCACCCCAGAAAAAUCCCAGAACCAGAGAAUGGGUCAGUGCAGCAGUCGCUGGGAAGCAUCCAUGUUGCUGGAGCCUUCCACUAGUGUCCCACUAACUGUAGGCUCACUCCCCAGCUCCAAGAGCUUUCUUGGAAUGAAGGUGCGUGAAUUAUUCCGCAACAAGAGUGAGAGCCAGUGUGAUGAGGAAGGUAUAACCAUCAACAGUCUUUCUGAAACUCUAAAGAGUGAACUAUGUAAAGAUCCAAGCAUGGUGGAGGCAAAGGCUCCUUCAAGUCCUGACAACCCCAGCCCCUCGCCCAUGAACCAGGAAAGCAGUGUUGGACAGCUUCAUAUCAUGGACUACAAUGAAACUCAUCAUGACCACAGUUAAAAAGGAAGAUAGUAAAUCAGUGUUAUUUUCAUAUUCUUGGCAUAGAACAGGAGGCGUGAAUGCAAGUUUAAUUAAAAGCUUUUAUGUUUCAUUGGUAUGAGCAGCUAGCUCGUGGAGUGGAAACAGGACUGAUGUCUUUCUACAUAAGAUGACUGCUGAAUGAAUACAAAAUGGAUUUAGGGUCUGGAAUGGUAAUGCCCAACCUAAUUUUCUUUUGCUUCUCCUCUCUCAAAUCCCAUCAUUAGCAGUGUGUACUAAUUUGAAGGGGCAACUGUUGGCAUUUGUAAGUGUUUUUUUCCCUUCUCCCCUUCCCAAUGAGUAGUUGCAUCCUAUGAACUUGAGUGCAAUAUGAGGCCAAAUUAACCUUUGUGAAUCUACCUAUGAAUGGCACCGUAGAGACUAACAAAUUUAUUUGAGCAUAAGCUUUCGUGAAUGAGCGGUAGCUUAUGAAAGCUUAUGCUCAAAUAAAUUUGUUAGUCUCUAAGGUGCCACAAGUACUCCUUUUCUUUUUACCUAUGAAUGCUUAGUACUUUGCUUAGCUGAAAUAUCUCGGCAAGCUUCCAAUUUAGAACAGUUAAUUGUGUUACCCUUGCAGGUGACUUUGGUUAUUAUGUUCUGUAAAGAAGCAAAACCAGAGUUUCUAGUGCAUUCAUCUGAAGGUCUUUAUUUUGCCUCUUUGUUUUCCCCCAACUUUGGUCUUUAUUAGAUUGGACUACGGUCAAGUGACUAAAUGGUUAAAGAACAACACAUAUCUGCAAACUGAUGUUGCAUUCACCCCAAUUCAUAAUCAUUUUUUCUUUUGUCCUUAACAUUUCCUGGAAAAUUACAUGUGAAUAAAUGUUGUCCCACCCCAAGGAACUCCAAACUAUUUGUUGAGGUCUUGUUAAAACACUAUUGCUUCUGAUUUUUUUUUCUUGGGUGGGUAAGGGGGAUGUUCAUUGUUUGUUUGACAAACUGGUACUUGUCUGACCUUAAAUUGUUGCGUGAGUGGAGGUGAUGAGAACUGAAUACUGAGUGCAGGGAGAUCCAGACAAGGACAGUAUGUAGAGAUUUUGUAUAAAGUAGCGGGUUCACCAAAACUUCCAAGUGAGCAUUUUGAAGAAGAUUCUGCAAAUGUUUCUCUUUGCUGGGAGACUAUUGUGAUGCCUGGACUCUUUUCAUUGUGGUCUUUGUCCAGGCUGACCAAGACCUCAUUCUGGGUUGAAAAAUCUCAAACAUUCUUCUUCCCAGGAGUAGUUUAUAAGAUUCCAAGCUUGAUUCAAGAAUCAUUGGAUUCACUCCCAAAGGAAGUCCUCCCCACAGUGCUAUUGCUCUCUGGGAUACAGAGGUCAUGGCAGUCCAAUUUGUGGCUACCUAGUUUUCUCCUUUUCUCUCUCUCUCUCCUUCCCCCUCCACUCCAAUUUCCCGAGCAACUAACUGUUGGGCCAGUGUAUGUAGCUCAAAAUUAUAUACAGGACCCAAACCUGCAGCCUUCCCAUCUUUAUUAUUCCCAUUGAAGUCAAUGGGGAGCCUUUCAUGCUGAAGGACUUUGGGAUCAGGAUUUAUGUCAGUCAUCAAACUCUGGUUUCCUUCUUGUCAGAACAGAGAUCCAUUAUUAGGAAAGAGAGAGAAGUUCAUUUAUGUGAGACUCUGAUACGUCUGGGUCCAGGAUUACUUAGUCUGUAAUAUAACCUUUUCAGGCUUCAGAGCCAUGCUGCACCAGUGUUCAUUUUGUUCCUACUUUUACAGAUGUAGUCUUUUUUCCCCUAAACAGUCUACAUAGGUGAUGGUGAGAAUCUUCUGAAAGGUAACUACACUUGUACUCUGUUUUUCUAGCUUGACCUAAUCUAAAUAGGGACAGAAUUGAUCAAAGCAGGCUGGCAUUCUGCUAACCUGACAAACAGAGCUGCUGUGAUUUCCAGUCUUCUCACCCUCCUUCCCCCCCCGCCCCCAUUGCCCAACCAGACAAUACCUUCCAUUCCACCUCUCCCAUAACACCUAUGGUCUGUAUACAUUUCUGCCUGUCAGCCAGUCCUUUUUUUUUUUUUUUUUUCAAAGCUUGACCAUGCACAGAAUAGGAAAUAGUGUCACUUAACAAAUGACAUUGACUGGUUUCGUUGACACGUCUGUAGGUUUUCUAAGACUUGGUGGUAGUUGCAAUAGUAAAUGAGUGAAGACUCAAAGGCUUCAUAUCCCACUCACCCAGAAGUGAACAGUUUGCACAUUGCCCCUAAAAGGGCUAGCUCAGCUAUUGGGUACAGUUCUGUCACGGGAAUCAGUUAGACCAUCCCUACAGUUUGGCAAUUCCCAACAGACUAUCCUGCCACAUGGUGACUCGCUUCUUUUAGUGGAGGGUCUUUUGUUGUUGUUAGUAGCAAAAAUGCUCUGGAGCUAAUCAGAGCUCAUCAGUAGGUGGCCUUUUCUCUUUUAAAAGGAUGUUAGCACUGGGAUGGAAUCAGAAACCACUUUAGAAGGUUUAUCUAUGGACCACAAAGAUUAUGGAGGAACAAAUUUUGCCAUUGUUUUUGUAAAUCUCUAAAAUUAUGGAUCUACUUUAUGUAGCAACUUGCAUUUUGUUUAAAGGGAUCCCAUCAGUGAAGUGGAGACAGAUAUUUUUUAACUGACUGCUUUUAGUUAAAUCUAAAAACACUGUCUUUGUCAAAAGUUAAUCUGUUCCCUGCCUCGCUCUUUAUAAGCAUGUUAAACAAUCCACAUUAAAUGCCAUAAAUAUGAAAUACAAGGAAAAAUGGUACAAUCUAAGCUAAAGAGAACUUUAAACCAAAAGGAGGUUUUGCUGUCCUUAUUAGAAUGUUCUAAAAUGUCAAGGCAGUUGCUUGUGUUUAACUGUGAACAAAUAAAAACGUAUUGUUUUGCACUA